ACUAUAUAACAAAUAAUUUGAGUAGUAGGGUAGUAUGCACUAAAAGCUGAAAGGAUGUUGUGUUUACGAUCAAAAGUCCGAGAGUUUUCCUCGCUGACGGCAGUGCUGAAUGCCGCCCCAGCAACUACUGCUGCUGCCCUCAGAUCAUCCAAGCUCGCUUCAUUCGAGAAAGAUGGAGUAAGAAAUAUGAGUGGUGGCAAGUCCAUAGACACAAAGUUCUGGCGUGGCAAUGGAGAGAUGGCAACCCCAUCUCUACACGGAGAUAUGCCCCAACCAGCAUUCAGGGAUGAAGACAGAAAAUCAAAUUGGAAGUCUCAAACUGAUGCAAUCGACAGGAAUGCUAGACAAAACUUACCACCGUACAUGAUAAUUGGUGCUGGUUCAGGCAUUGUCCUGUACUUGGCAAAGUAUUCACUUUACGGUCUUGCUCUGCUUCUGGGACCCGGUCGUGACAAGUACGCUGCUGCUGCCAUCGAGAUCGAUCUCGGAACUGUCCCUGAAGGAAAGAAUGCUGUGUUCACGUGGCGAGGUAAGCCUCUGUUCAUCAGACAUCGGACCCAGGAGGAGAUUGACAAGUCUAAGGCCGCAAAUGUGUCCCAAAUGCGUGACCCUCAAACUGACGCCGAGAGGUGUGUAAACGAGAAGUUUCUAAUCUGUCUGGGAGUGUGUACACAUCUGGGUUGUGUUCCCAUCGCUCAUGCUGGGGAUUGGAAGGGAUAUUACUGCCCUUGUCAUGGUUCUCAUUACGACACUUGCGCCCGAAUAAUGAAGGGACCAGCGCCCCUCAAUUUGGAGGUUCCAAAACACGAAUUCAUCACCGAAGAUAUAGUUAUCAUCGGUAAAGAAGAUUAGAUAAAGACGCUCCAGUUAUUUAUUUCGCUUUUGUAAACUACUAGAGCUCAAAUGCUACCUGAGCCCGACCCUUACAUGGAAGAUUUCGGAGAACUAAUUUGUGAUUUUUAGUAUGUUUCCCGCGACAAGUUCUUGUUUCCUUACGUGGCCUUAACUGACAUAUGGAAAUGAAUUAUUGAUUAACUUAAUUCGGAAAUAGAUUGUGAUUGUCAUUAUCUGCGGAAUUUUCAGUUUGUACAUUGUAAAA